AUGGCAACUUUGGCUGACUCAUUUCUGAAAGAUCUCGAAGAUCUUGAAUUUGAAGACGAAGAAGAAGAAAAUAAUAUCGGGGAGAAGGCCCCCUUUAUUAAAAGAAGUAACAAUAGAAUGGAGGAUGAAGAUAAUGAUGAUUAUGAAGAGAUUGUCGAUGCUAUUGAAGAGUUUUUAAAUGAGAAGAAGAAAAACAAGGAAAGGAAAAUCUCGGAAUUGUUAUAUGAUGAAGAGUUUUUAAAUAUGAUGAAUGAUAUAAAGACGUACAUGUUUGAAGAGGAAGAAAAAAAAAAAGAAAAAGAAAAAGAUGAUGAAAAUGUAGAUGGUGAUGAAGAAAUUGAAGUAUUAUUAAAGGAGAAGGAUAGCAAUAAAAUAAAUAAUAUUGAUAAUGAUAAGUUUAAUAAUAACAAUAAUAAUAAUAAUAGUAGUAGUGAUGAGGAUAAUUUUUAUGAUGAUGUGAUGAUAGAAAAAUGUAUGGAAACUAUCCUAAAAAUUGACACAGAAAUAUUAAAUAUCCACAAAUAUGUAAAAGAUAUUUAUUCAACAAAAUUUCCAGAAUUAGAUUCUAUAGUAUAUAGUCCUGUAGAAUAUAUAAGUGUUGUUAAUAAAAUAAGAAAUGAGGUUGAUUUAAAGAAUAUUGAUUUCUCAGAUAUUUUACCUAACACAACCGUUAUGGCUAUUACUGUUGCUUCUAGUAUGACAACAGGAAUAUGUUUGCCUGAUAAUUUAUUGAAAAAUUGUAUUUCAUUUUGUAAUGAAGGAAUACAAUUAAAUGAAUAUAGAAAUAUAAUAUUAUUAUAUUUAGAAAGUAAAAUGUUUUAUCUAGCACCAAAUGUAACCAUGUUAUUAGGUAGUUCAUUAACGGCACGCUUAAUAAGUGCUGUGGGUUCUUUAAAGAACUUAUCAAUAAUUUCAUCUCAAAAUCUAAUAGUUAUAGCAAGUACAAAAAAAUCAUUAUUUGGUUUAAGUAAUGUACAUAAAACUUUGGGAAUAGGUAUCCUGUGUUGUUCAGAAAUUGUUCAAAGUGUACCUGAUGCAUAUAAAAAGAAAGCCAUAAGCUUACUAGCUUCAAAAUGUAGUUUAGCUGCUCGAAUCGAUUAUUUUAAAAAAUAUAAAGAAGGACAAUAUGGAUUAUUACUUAGACAAUAUAUUAUAUCACAUUUAAUAAAAUUACAAGAACCUCCACCAUUAAAACAAAAAAAAAUAUUACCCAUGCCUGAUGAAAAAAGAAAAAGAAAAAGAGGAGGAAAAAGAUAUCGUAAAUUAAAAGAAAAAACACAAAUUACCGAAUUAACAAAACAAAUCAAUAGAUUACCAUUCGGUCCUGAAACUACAGAUGAUUUUUAUAAUUUUAAUGAUCAAAAUACCAUGUUAUUAAAUUCAAAUAUAACCAAAUUAAAAUAUACAAAUAAACAAAAAAAUCUUAUAACAAAAAAAAGAAAUUUAAAUGUUCAUUCAAGUGGAGCCACAGGGGGAUUGUCUUCUUCCCUAAUUUUUACCCCACUCCAGGGUAUUGAAUUAUAUAACCCUUCAUUGAUUAAUGCAAAAAAUAAGCAAACCGAAAAUAAGUACUUUUCAAAUACUGCUGAAUUUAGGAAGAUAUAA